GCGGUGGGCGGGGCGGAGGAGAACACGUGAGCGCACGCUGGCCAUCAGAGGGCGGAUUUGGAGCUUCGUGCGCGCGGCGUGUGGCUUCUUCUGCUGCUGCUGAUGAUGAUGAAGGUGGUGGUGAUGAUGAUGAUGAUGAGAGGACCGGCACUUGUGAAACCCUUUCUGCAAAACCCUGCGUAAAAACCACCAACAACCAACACGGACUAAACUCCAAAAGUGCGCGUCGGAGAAGAACAAAGUCCAGGGUUUUUUUUGUUGUUGUUGUUGGCACGUGAUGCCCGCACGCUUCUGGCCGCGAUGGGAUGUGAGUUGAAGAAGACGAAAGAAAAUCGAAAGUUGUAAAAAAUAAAGGGGAGGUCGGUGACCGCUGGGAUGUUGUGAGGGGACUCCUGGGACAGAAGGACCUGGGACGCACACGGCACAGCGGGGAUCCGGGUUCCGGACAGGACGGAUUAUGGCACGCGUAACGUUCUCGCUCAGCCUCAUCACGCUGGCGCUGACAAACUUGCACCUAUCGAGAGGCAGCAACCGGCAUGCGGUGUACUGGAACAGCUCGAACCUGCUGCUACGUAGGGAGGGAUUCACAGUGCAGGUGAGUGUCAACGACUACCUGGACAUCUACUGCCCGCACUACAACACCACCCAGCGGGGGACGCUAGAGCGCACCGUGGCUGAGCAGUACAUCCUGUACAUGGUCAACUAUCGCGGGUACCGCACCUGUGACCCGCAGAUGGGCUUCAAGCGUUGGGAGUGCAACAGGCCUCACGCCCCGCACGCACCCAUCAAGUUCUCUGAAAAGUUUCAGCGUUACAGCGCCUUUUCGCUGGGCUACGAGUUCAACGUUGGCCAGGAGUACUAUUACAUCUCCACGCCGACGCACCACCACGGCCACAGCUGCCUGAGACUAAGGGUCUACGUCUGCUGCUCCACCAUCUCCCAAGCAGAUGACGACUCCAGUCAGACGUCCCCCGACUACACAGUCAGGCCGAACAUACACAACAUUGAUGAAUUUAACCCCGAAGUUCCCAAGCUGGAGAAAAGCGUCAGCGGCAGCAGUCCGUCACGCGAUCGCCUUCUUCUCACUGCGGCCAUGCUGCUGGCAUCCGCCACCCUUUUGUCCUAGCAACCGUUGCCCAAGGGUGAUGCAUCACGCACAGCCCAACCACCUUGCUCAAAGGGCUUUGUAUCCACCAGGAUGUCUGUCGUGAACUUUGACAGAAACGCAGUUGAGUAGAUGUGCAAUAGAAAUGCAAUCAUGACGCAGAAGAAAAACGUGCUUAAAAAAAAAAUCCCUUGAACUGAUUAGAAAAAAAAGAGAGGAGAGGAGAGGCCUUUUCCACAGUCAGUGUUUAUCACACUCCAUGUGAUGUUGGACGUCAUCAACAUAUAGCCAGUGUUCAAAAUGAGAUUCGCCUGGAGAUGACAGAGAUGAACAAAUGCCUGAGGAACUGAUGAGAAGUUUAUGAAAGACUUGAGGGAAAACUCCAAAAUAACGGGCAUCUCUGUGAAUGUUACACAUGUCCCAAGUAUGCUGAUGGAUUAAUGUAACGACGGGGAUUCUGGACCUGACUUCUCCGGGCUUCACGAUGUUUGUAACCAGUCAAUGGCGUCGACUGUCUUGGACAAUGACGAAUGUUUUCAUACGUGUGAUCUGCUGGCAACUUCGUGAGUGUUGUCGUUUCCAUUUCCUCCACACGCCCAAAAUACCAAUAAAUUUGUGCUAAGUGAAGAAUCAUUUCUUAGCGGAUAGCAAGUGCCCUUUCAGAACUAGUCAUUUGUCUGUGUUUCUCGCCUUCACACUAUAACAACCCUCAAAUAAAAUGCAGGCUCUGGACUAGUAAUUUGAUGGCACUUAGAUGUGGUAGCUGUGUGCUUUGUUCCAUUUACCUUCGGCUCUCCGUGUCGAUUUCCUGGAUGUCAGCCCUUUCUUGUGACAGCGAUCAUCGGAAUCUUUCAGAACGGGACUAAAUUAUGACGAUUAAAGUAUCUCUCGGCAGCAAGUUCCCUUUUAAACCUGGACAGCCCCGUUGAUUUGCUUUCCACUUCAGAGGCUCCCAACUAGUCAGUACUGAUACCCAUUACAGCAGUCACAGUCACCACAGAAACGAUCCCAUACAGUCGCCAAAGCGUGCCAGGUGCCUGAGAAGAAUUUAUGCUGAGUCUCAAAGUAACGCUGCCGCCAUUUUGUUAAAAAAAAAAAAAAAAACGUGAAUGUGCAAUUAAAACAGAAUUUCACUUUUUUUUAUAUUGUAAUACAAAUAGGCUGGCAAUGUUGUGCUUUAUUUCAAAAUGUUCAUUUAUUAAUUCGUGUGCAUUGUAAGCAUUUGCUCAACAAGCUAUUGUGCCAUUUUUUUUAAUGAUUUUUUUUAAAACUGUUGUAUUUUUACUGCACCAUUUUGCUUGUGUAGAUUAAUAGUCAGAUGUACUUCAAAAAAAGAUGUUAAAGGUAAACUCCAGAAUUUUUCAGCCUGGGCUCUAUUUUUUAGAUGUGUUGGAGUUCAUCUUUUCACUCGGGAGAAAAAUGAUUUUAAUUAGUGCAGUAUUUAUUUUGCACUCAAACACUGUCACAGACUAAGUGGCUACAUAAGCUGAUUGUAUGUGGCUUCUUCUUGUCACUGAACAGGAAAAAUGUCAUUAUAAGCAUCUCUUACCAUAGAGGGGACUCCUACACAGGCAAACUAAAUGUAAAGAAACUUUUUUAAAUAGAUGAUUUUACAGUUAGCUGCUUACCUUAGCCUUGCUGUCAUCCAGCACCGCUGAUAUCCACUGAGCCAUUACAAGUUGAUUGCUGAUGAGGGCCUUUGAGCCCAGGUUUAAAAAUCCCAGAGUUCCGUUGUAAGAGGGUUAUUCACACCAAACGUGCUCUCAUGUUACAGGUAAUCUGAUUACUGAAGAGCAACGAUGAACAUACAGAGAGAUGAAUGUUGACAGAAGCGCAGCAUUCCUAGGGGCACCGUGCUUUUCCAAACAUAGGCGUCUGCAUUGAAAUGUAUAUUUAUGAAAUGUACCAGAUAUGAAUGUGCGAGCACAUGAGUCUUUUGCCUGUGUUUCCCUGUGAGCAAGCGUGUGUGUGUCUGUGUGGAACAUUUUUGUCCGCGAUUUGGAGUAUGUGGCAUUUAGAAAUUUGUACCUGUCAAGGAGUGGUUUGUAGGUUCUGAAUAUGCAAAGUGUGUGUGAGGGAAUGUGCUUUUCUUUAACGUUAGUUUAUUCCGCUGCAGGAAGCGGACGUGAAGCAUUUAUCCAUGUCAGGCACAGCCACCAACAGAUGUGUUUACCUUUGCAAGAAUGAUAAAGAAAAAUUGUAAAUUGAACCAAGAAUGAUUAAAACAAUGUCA